UGCUCCAUCCGCGACAGAUCGAUGUCACCGGCCUUCCCCACCUGUCUGCGCCCCGCGGGCACCGUCGAUUCCGUCGUCCCCUCCCGUGAAUCCCGUCCAGGCGGCGGUCGUUCCCGGCCGGGCGGCCGUCGGCGCCGUGCCACCGCUCAUCCCCGCGCGGGCGGGCGUCUACUUGCCAGCGCGCCGGUCUCCAUCCCCGCCGCGAGCCUACCAGGAGUCCCCGUCGAUGGCCGUCGUCGCACGCCCAGCGCUGCCCAUCCCCGUCCCCGGCCGCGCCCGCCUCGCGACCGGCGGGCCGAGCGUGCGGUCGUGCCGGCGUGGCCCCACCCCGGCCGCGGCCGCGCAAUCUCUGGCGCCGCGCGAAUCCGUGCGACUAGCGGGCCGAGCGUGCAGUCGCCGGGCGGCCGCGCACGCCGAGUGCUUGUUGGAAGUGAGUCGCUCCGCGCUGACCGAGCUGCCGCAGCUGUUGUAUGCACGAGCUUGCCAUGGUGGUGGUGCGCUCGCGGUACGCGGACGUGGCGCAGGAGGUGCUCAACGAGACAACGACGUCGUCGACCACAUGCUGUACGGCGUCGCGGACGUGGCCGCCGACUCGUACAGCGGCGCGAGGCCGUCGAGCUGCUAGGUGUGCUAGCCAUCCGUGGUGGGCUUAACCAUCUCAUGGCCUCGUCCGAGGACGGCGGCGAGGCUCAGAGCUUCAAGAGCAACCUCCUCAAGAUGCUUCAGCUGAUGAAUGAGAAGUAUAACCAAAGCUUGAACGAGAUCCAGAGCACGACUGUCAAAAGUUCAAGGCACUGAUGCUUUCGGGCUCCACCGGCGUUAGCAACGGCAGCAUCUACGCGCCGUGACGGUGGUGUACUCUGGGAGGAGGCGGAUUGCCGGCGAGAUCAUGGCGGCGGCGAGCUGGGCGUUGAGCUGCAGCAUCAGGUUCACGUUUACGUGCAUUGGUGGCAAGUAGUGUUGUAUUCAUGCACUUUGUAUGUCUUUGUGAGUAAUGUUAAGCAACAGUGUGAUC